AUGUUCAUGAUUAAAGAUCAAUUGGUCGCUGUGAACGCAGGUAUUUGGGACCCGAUCUUUACGCAGAUGUUAAUUCGAUCGUUGCCGGCGAAUGCGCGCUUUGAUCGUCUGAGAGGCAUGGUUGAAAGCGGGGACGACAAGGUGGACACUUCGGAAAAAUUGAAAGAUCAGAUUUUGCGAAUGGAUAGUUUUAACAAGUGUGAUCGGGAGCUUGGUGCCCAUGGUGUCAUUGGAAAUGUGCAGGACAAUGGAGGCAGUCAAACAUCCAAGAACCGGCAAAACGCUAGCUGUGCAAGAUCACAUAUCGGAACCAGAAAGUUAAUAGCUGCCGACAAAUUACUCCAAAGCACGACUUCACAGGCGGAUAAGCAGCAUGGAAACUGCUUUAAUUGUCAUAAGCCUGGACACCGCAUGAGAGACUGUCCUAUAAUGAAGAAACCAAAAACGAGUGAUUAUCAGGUGGCAUUUGCACAGCAUCCGAAGAAUGAGCUUGCGGAUGGAUGUCAAGAAAAGCCGGAUGAACUGAUGGUGAUGGCAAAGAACAAGCUGUCAACGAGGGAAAAUACUUCAGACAGAAACUGCACACAACGACAAUGGUGUCUUGACAAUGCGUCGAAUGUACAUGUGGCUUCUGAUUUACGAUACUUUAUUGAUUAUAGCGCAUUUGAUAACAAUGCACAAGCUCAAUGUAUCCGAGGAUUUCAGAAGCACUUUAAAACAAAGCCGAUUGGCCAGGGAACCGUUCAGAUACUUGUUCAAAACGGAUCAAGCAGCAACAUGAUAACACUUUAUGACGUAUUAUACGUUCCUGACUGUAUGAAUUUAAUUUCUCACACACAAGUCGAGGACCAAGGACAUACUGUGAAGUAUUGCAUCCGAGAGGGAGAAAGAUUCUACGAGCUUUGGCAGCAUAAUCGGAAGCUGCUGGACAUCAAAAGAGAUGACUGUGGUCUUUUCACAUUUAAUGCCAUCAAUGAUUUUCUAUCGCAAACGAGUGACGGGGGUGAACUGCUGAUCACAGAUAAGUGCUUACGUCCUCAGGUAAAUCAUACGCGCGCACAAGGACACGCUGAUAUCCAACGGUGGCACGAAAGGCUGGGCCAUCUUAAUCCACAGUACGUGAAGCUCAUGGCAGAUCGCAAGCUAGUAGACGGAAUGUCACUAAGCCCAAAACAAUUUAUUGAUUGCGAAGCAUGCCACAUUGGUAAAGACCGACAGCGUACACGUCAUAAGCAUUUGAUGCGUGAUAUAACGACGAAGAAUCAAGUGAUAUUUGUCGAUUUACUUUUUCCGAAGUACAGCUCAAGCCCAAGAGCGUAUAAGGCGGUACUUGUUGUAGUAGAUGGAUACUCCCGGUAUACUACGGUGUACCCACUUUACUCAAGAACGCAUCGGAAGUAA